AUGUGGAGUAUUAGCACUGUGUCCUUUGGUACGCCUGUGAUGAAACCGUUGUUCUUUGUGCUGGAAAUUGGCACAAGAAAGCCUGUUCUAUUUCAGACCCAAAGCAUUGAUCUGGAUUGUUCUAGAACUGCACCUGCAGGGCUUUCCUUCUUAAGGGCUUGGGCCAUGUUUAAAGGAAAGUACCGCCCCGGGGAACACUUUGAUGCCGCCGCCUGCAAAACCCGUGUCCGCUGUGCCUUGUCGAAGAGCCCUGAGUUCGAGGAGGUGCCGUCGCGCUCCAGACUGGAUACCACCGAGCCCUACAAGGUGUAUCGCCUGGUCCCGUUGUCUGAGCAGCGAAAGGGGAACACACCCUCAAAGGUGAAGUCCAAGAAGGUGAAGCUGGAAGGCUCUAGUGGGACCUCAGAGGAGGGGGGAAGAAGUCCCCCUCGAAGUGUACCACAGACGUCCUGCCCCCCCUCACUGCCAAACACGGAUGGAAGCUGUGUGUCAGAGGCCACCAUCAGCCCUUCUCUGAACGCAGGAGCUGCUUUAACCGUCCAUCAAGAGGAGUUAAGCCCUCAGCCCGGUGAACCAGCUCCUGAUGUGAUGGAGAUCGCCGUCUGUUUGAAGGAUGAGACUGCGCUGGCAGAGGUGCUUCAGAUGGUGAAAAUAGGUGAGGUCACGGAGCGAGCGUCUCCCUCUACAGCUGCCUUGAAAGGAGGAGUUCUCAUUCAUCUGUCCAUCUUCUACAGCGGCGUGCUGGUUUGGGGCUUCUGGCUCCCCCAAGGCGACUUUCUGAUCACGUCGGCCGCCGCGCCGCUGGAGCGCCCUGCAACAGAAUGCACCGGGUGGUGUUGCCCCCUGCAGACGGGAUAGAGGGACCCUCAGAAGCAGAAAGCUACCCACCAGCUGCUGAAGGGUCUGGAAAAGGGAGUGAUGGCUGACAGUAACCGAGAAGGGAUAUUCGUCCAGUGUCAGAGCAGAUGCAAAGCUAGCAUUGCUUGGAGGGGGCUCACAGAAUCCCAGGUCACGGGGAAGUUGGAUAGUAGUACCCUCCUUCACGUGUUCAGUGCCAAGGCAUUCCAGUCAGCUUGGGACCAGUACUUGCUUGGCUUAGCUCCCAAGCCUGAACACCAGGUCACACUCUGUAUAGGGGAAGAACUGGAGGGAAAUGAAAAUCUGAAUAAUAAGCUCAUUGUCAUUCAGAUGGCACAGCACUUUGCGAAUCAAAUAAUGGAGGUGAGACAGACGCCGGAUCCGGAUUCCCUCAUGCUGUCUUUUGCCGUUUCGGACCCCUCAGCCUGAAAAUUUGGCCAGCUUCUGGUUCCUGCUUUCCCUCAAUGAACAUGGCCUUGAACAGCAAAUCUUCUGUUUGGGUCAUUGAGCGUGACCCAGCACUUUGUGGGUUUAACAGUCCAUUUUCCUCUCAGCAUGCAGCUUCCGGAAUUUCUAGGGGUACAGACCCCUCUGUUCCUUAUGGUGUAUGCAUGGACUUUCUCCAUCUGCUUUAAGUCUGAGUAGGCAAAGCUUUCUAAGUGGAGUUGUGGUCAUUAAAUGUAAACUUGUGAAACACUAGAGUGACUAAGAAGCGGUGGCUUCUAUGUGUGAUUAAUUCCAGUUACAUUUUGAGGUUGAGGGAUUUCGUUUUGGAAUCCUGGUAGCAGCGGCAAGCAAAUUUUGUAGCGUGCACGCCUCUUGUGUGUCUGUUAGAGUUGCACUCUUGUUCUCUUCUUGCACUUUACUUGAAACUAUGACUGAGGCAUCUUCCUGUGGAGACAAUAAAAGUUGUAUAGUUACGUGUGCCUGAAGUCUGCCUGUGGUGUUCUCCUGAUGCAACUGAAUUCAUGUUACAAACCGAGAUGAACUCUGAGCUCUUGCCUCACGGUGACAUCAAGAGAAGUCGCUUCCAUUUCUGCAAGAUUCUCAGGGCUGUGUGUUUAAAGCUGUUUUGAACUUUAAUAAUGGUGAAAAGUAAAUUACACAGUUGGUGCCACUAAUGGGAAGUGAGUUUUGUCAGCCCCUGUCUUCAGAUUUGAUUCUUAUCUUUGCAAUGGCAAGUGUUUCUCCAGUCCCGCCAAACCCAAGGGCAGGGGUCCCCAGCAUUGUGCUGAUAGGCACCAGCCAACAAUUGUUCUGGCACCUGCAAAGGAUUUUUACAAAGUGGGCAGAGACAAGUUGAGCUUUUGCGCAACACCGUUUCUGAUUGGGCACUGGAUGUCUGAUUGACUGCGCAGAUGAAAAGACAUCCUGUUAAACAGCUGCUCUGCCUUAAAUAUUCAGGAGUUCCUGUCCUGCUUGAGUCCUGCAUUACUUCAUGCCCUGCCAUUUUAUGGGUGGCUCUGCCUCCUAGGGCGGCCAUUUUGAAGGAUGCACCACAAGGUGUCAGAAAACAGAUUCCAAACGUUUGGGGACCCCUGACCUUCCGAAUUGGCCUAUUGCAAGUUAAACCAUAAUGAACAAAUGGAUCCUGUUCAGUGGGGAAAGGAUGACUCUGCGUAACUUUCCAGAAAUCCUCUUGACAAGCAGUCAAGAAUCCCGCUGGAGAACCUGAUUAUCAUGCAGCUGAAGAUAACAAGGCCAAGGCAGAAUCAUUACAGAGCUGAAGACUUAAGUGACAUGAUGUGGGAAACAUGGUGACAUGUUUCUGGGACAUGGAAGAACUCUGGUUGUACUGUGUGUAUCCUAUCACUCUGUGGCUCCGUGUGGAGCUCUGAUCAGUUGAGCAGAGUGGUAGGAUUCAUCUCAUUGUCCUCUAGAGUCAAAUGAGGGGGGAGGAAAUGAGCAAGAAGUUGGUUUUAUAUCUCUUAUCUGAACCACUUAGGGGUGGGGUACCUGAAAAGGGGUAACAGGCUAUCUGAGCUGGUCUUCUUCCCUGGUGCUGUUGGAAUUUAAUUUUUCCAUUUAGACCCCACCCUAUCCCGCAAUCCUUGGACCAUUCCUCAAGUCACAAUGGAAACCACUUUUGAAACGGGGACCUUGAUUUUUAACUAGAUGGGUUCCAAGGGCAGAAUUCCAGAACUCAUUUGUAUCGCUAAAGGGUCAUUUGCAACCGUAGGCGAUUGUCCUUUCAUUCACGUUGGUGUUUGUCUUUUUCCUCCCAGCUGUUUGCUUUUGGCUCUCCUGGCCUUUGUUUGUUCACCGUCUAUGCCACUCUUUUUCAUUGCGGUGUCUUCGUUUUGGUCAAAUGAACGAAUAAUGGUCAGGAUUCUUGUAUUCUUCCGUCCGUUGUACCAAGUUGUGGGGUCUCAAUAAACCAUUUCAUUCGUAUCUGUUAAA